AUUAGGAAAUAAGGGGAAGAAGAAAGAGGGAGAGCUGAAAUUCACAAAUCGAUCGAUCGGCAAGAAGUUUAUGGUGGCAGAGCAGAAUGGUGGAAGAUUGGCCCCUAUGCAACUGAAAUUUCAGCUUUCUCGCAAAUUGACCUGUGGAUCUCACCCUCUGUGUACUGUGUUGGCUUUGGAUCUGCGAUCGCCACAUCCGAUUGGGAUUUCGGAUCAAUUGAUUCGGAGACAAAGGUAUGGCGGGAGCAGCGUCGGCGCUGUUCCUAUUGGAUAUAAAGGGCAAGGUUUUGGUGUGGCGCGACUACCGUGGAGAUGUCUCCGCCGCUCAAGCUGAGCGCUUCUUUGCCAAACUUAUUGAGAAGGAGGGCGAUCCGAAUUCUCAGGAUCCUGUUGUAUAUGAUAAUGGAGUCACAUAUAUGUUUAUACAACAUAAUAAUGUGUAUUUGAUGACUGCAUCGCGCCAGAACUGCAAUGCUGCCAGUCUUCUUCUAUUCCUACACCGUGUAGUUGAUGUCUUCAAGCACUACUUUGAAGAAUUAGAAGAGGAAUCACUUAGAGACAAUUUUGUUGUAGUGUACGAGUUGCUUGAUGAAAUUAUGGACUUCGGCUACCCACAAUAUACUGAAGCCAAGAUUCUUAGUGAGUUCAUAAAGACCGAUGCUUACAGAAUGGAAGUUGCACAGAGGCCACCAAUGGCAGUUACAAAUGCAGUAUCAUGGCGCAGUGAAGGGAUACAAUAUAAGAAAAAUGAAGUCUUUCUUGAUGUUGUGGAAAGUGUCAAUAUCCUGGUAAAUAGCAAUGGUCAAAUAAUCAGGUCCGAUGUUGUUGGUGCAUUAAAGAUGCGGACAUACUUAAGUGGUAUGCCUGAGUGUAAGCUUGGCCUAAACGAUAGAGUUUUGCUGGAGGCACAAGGCCGGGCUACUAAGGGAAAAGCUAUUGAUCUGGAUGACAUCAAGUUUCAUCAGUGUGUACGUCUGGCUCGAUUUGAAAAUGACCGUACAAUAUCCUUCAUACCCCCCGAUGGAUCUUUUGAUCUCAUGACUUACAGGCUCAGCACUCAGGUAAAGCCUCUGAUAUGGGUAGAGGCUCAAGUCGAGAGACAUUCCAGGAGCCGCAUAGAGAUUAUGGUUAAAGCUAGGAGCCAGUUCAAGGAGCGGAGCACUGCAACUAAUGUUGAAAUUGAGUUGCCUGUACCACCUGAUGCUACAAAUCCAAACGUCCGUACGUCAAUGGGAUCUGCUUCUUAUGCACCUGAAAAUGAUGCAUUAGUUUGGAAAAUUAAAUCAUUCCCAGGUGGUAAGGAGUAUAUGUUACGAGCGGAGUUUAGGCUUCCCAGUAUAACAUCCGAGGAUUCAACCCCGGAGAGGAAAGCUCCUAUUCGAGUGAAAUUUGAAAUUCCCUAUUUUACUGUUUCUGGAAUACAGGUUCGAUACUUGAAAAUCAUUGAAAAGAGUGGGUAUCAGGCUCUUCCAUGGGUGAGAUACAUAACAACUGCCGGUGAAUAUGAGCUGAGGCUUAUUUGAUUGCUCAAUGUCCGGCAGUCAACUAUGCCUCUUUGUUCGACUUUUACAUGAAGCUGUUCGUUGUUCCAUUUGUGCAAGAAGGUAACCCUAUCCUGGCUUGGGAUCGAUGUAAACUGUACGAAAAGUUAUUUUCAUCUGAUAUAAUUUGCUGUGUCUGCUACGUCGUCUAUUAUCGAAACUUGUCGUAGUUGUUUUGGUGCAGAAUUUCAUUUGCUUGUUAGUAUUUUUAUCAUUUGUUUUGUUUAUUAUAUAUAUAUAUAUAUAUAAGUGAGAUUUUUUAAAUGAGAUGGAUUGAUGCUUGUAUGAAAGCUAACACACUUUUUUCUGCCCAGAAAUUUUUGGAUGUGUUUUUGUCUGUGCUUAGAGUGUUUGGAUGUUU